GCGGGUCUUGCAGAUCCUUGCAGUUUUACUCUUGCGUCUCACAGGUGUGAACACAUUUCGUUAUAAUUUUGUGGAUGUAUUAGGCAGCUCUGGAUUUGAACUUACAACAAUGGAUCUAGCCAAUUACACAGAAAGUCCUGUGUAUGCCAACACAUCCAACGAGUAUGACUAUGAAGAUGAUUAUGAGCUAACAGAGAUUGUGAGGUCUCUUAACAUCGUGUCACUCAUAUUCUACAGUCUGGCUUUUGUACUUGGAGUGGUGGGCAAUGGCAUUGUGAUUUGGGUUACUGGAUUCAAAAUGAAAAGAACAGUCAACACUGUCUGGUUUCUGAACCUCGCUAUUGCAGACUUCUUAUUCACGGCCUUCCUCCCUCUCAGCGUAGCUUAUACAGCUAUGGGCUUCCACUGGUCUUUUGGAAAGUUCAUGUGUAAGUUCAACAGCACCCUUAGUUUCCUCAACAUGUUUGCGAGUGUGUACAUCCUGGUUGUGAUCAGCAUUGACCGCUGUGUGUCUGUGGUGUGUCCAAUUUGGGCACAGAACCAUCGGACUGUGAGCCGUGCUUCUGUCGUGAGCCUGGGAGUUUGGCUGUUUGCCCUGGCAUUGAGCUCACCUUACUUCGUCUUUAAGGAUACUGCGCCGGACCACCACAAUAAAAACAUAACCAACUGCUUCAACAACUUUGCACUCUCUGAUGACUAUGAUACACCAGAAGUGGAGGCGAUCCGUAUUCUACACCAUCGCACCAUGAUCAUUACACGUUUCUUGCUUGGCUUUGUGGUGCCUUUUGUAAUCAUUGUAUCCUGUUAUGCAGUUAUUAUAUGUCGGCUCAAAAAGAACCGAUCGAUGUCUGGCAGGACUGGACGUCCCUUUAAGAUCAUUGCAGCUGUGAUCACUGCCUUCUUCCUGUGUUGGGUUCCGUACCAUAUUCUCAUCAUCAUCGAGAUGGUAAACCACAUGGCAGCUGAAUACAGCUCCACCCUGGAAUAUGUCACCAGAGUUGGAAUGCCCAUUGCAACCAGUGUGGCUUUCCUAAAUAGCUGCUUAAACCCAUUGUUGUAUGUUUUCAUGGGGCAAGACUUUAAAGACAAGGUGCGCAAGUCAAUCCUGAAGGUCUUGGAAUCAGCAUUUACAGAGGAGAUUUCACGCACGAAUACCUACACAAAUUCACUGCACACCUUUCGAAACAAAGAGCAAGGGAGUAAGUCUUUCUCUGAUGCAGAAGUAUAACUAACAGACAUGAGGCACUCUUGGAUAAGAGAGGACUUUACUGAGACUCACCAUAGCUGUCGGCAUAAUUGAGGCACAUUUACUGGAGUAAAACUGGAAAUAAAAUACAUUUCAGUUAGUUUGAAGCUUUGUAUUAUAACACUGCCUUGUAAUUAUGUAGCAUAUAUGUGAUGCAUAUUUAGUAUAUGUGUAUGUGCCAAUAAUGAUAUACCUGCAAAGUAUUUGACAAAUAUAUCUUUUGUAAACUACAAAAACUUAUUAAACUAAAGUCUUUCAUCUAUUGUGCAUGUAGGUAGCUUUUAAGCUUUUAUGCAAUUUUUUUACUAUAACUAAUUGUCUUAACGUAUUUAAUAAAAUAGUCAUAUCAGUUUGCACUUUGAUUUUAAAAUAAAAACUAAUAAUAAUUAAAGGUAUUAGUAAAGCUCAUCAUUACACUGUUCUCAUCAUGUUGUUCAAUGAGAUGUCCUUAUCAUCAACAUUACA